GGAUACGUGUGGACGGUCGUAUCCGCAAAUUUUCGAAUACGAUGACAUAAACACGAUUUUGCGCAUGCUCGAUAAGAAAAACUGUCCGUCCUAAGGGCUAGGCACUAGCGUGCAUCAGAUCGGAUCAUGAAAUUUCCGGAUACGUGUGGACAGUGAAAACGAUUCGUAUACGCUGCGUGUGGACGCGAACAUUUUCGUAUCCGCAAAAAAAAAUUUGCGGAUACAAAAAUUUCCGGAUACGUGUGGACGGGGCCUAACUUGCAAAUACAAAGAAAUCACACUGAUCUUCGUUGAAAUAUGCGCCAAUCUUUUCAUAUUUGUCAGUCUUGCAUCCAAGCGUACGUAAAUUGGCAAUAGCAGCACACGUGGGUCUAGUAUUUGACUAAGCAUAUAUAGGCUGAGAGAACUCUCGACCGACAGCAUUCGUCACUGACCUGCCUACCGUUCAAAGCUCAGUCAUGUCUUCCUCAUUCUACAUCGAUUCUUUGAUACAAGUCUCCAAAGCCAAGUCUGCAUCGACAUCGUCAGACCCAAGGCGUCACUCGUAUGAUUCUCCAGUUCCUUGUUCGUGUUGUUGGAGUCCAACACAACCCGAACCACCAAACAGCUUAUGUCAACUCUGUAUCCCUUCGAAUCCUGCUGUUCAUCAGUUCAUGCACGUCCGUGGAGCUACUAUUCCUACAGCUGCACUGUAUUCACGAGAACUGACCGCCAAGGAUCAUAUCUUGCUUCAACAACGCUACCCUACAGAUGAAGACCGCGCUCACCUAGCCGAUUAUGUGUCUUCCCGAGACUCCAGUAACCUAAACAGAGGAAAUUCAAGGUCCAAAAGAAUCCGUACUGCUUACACAAGCAUGCAACUCCUGGAGCUAGAAAAAGAGUUCAGCCAAAAUAGGUAUUUAUCUCGUCUAAGAAGAAUACAGAUCGCUGCCCUACUUGAUUUAUCAGAAAAACAAGUCAAAAUCUGGUUCCAGAACAGAAGAGUAAAGUGGAAGAAGGACAAGAAAGCUGCUCAACACGGGACCAUUGUUGACAGUCCGCAGUGCUCGCCAGGCUCGCCAACGAGUUAAAAAACUAGAAUCUAAGGUAGAAGUGUACAUCCUGCACUAUUCCAACUUGUUCAAAUUUGUAUAGAUUGUAUAAUAAUGUAUAUAAAAUAUAUUAACUUUAAGUUAUAUUCCAUGAAGGAAAAAGUCUUGACCAAGAAAAAAAAUUUUGAACUGAAAUGACGUGAACUUUAGCCAAGUUAAUAGGCUCAUUUAUCUCGGGUUUUAAUUAGUUUUACCACAUAAUAGCAUUUUACAGUUUGUAAUUAUUGAUCACGAUCAUCUAGCCAAGGGUUUUAUCCAAGUUAGUUUUGUGUUUUGGAAGAAAGUCUUAUGAAGAAUUAAAAAAAUAAAUUGCUUCAAGGCUUCCUUACUGAAGCGACAACAGAAUACUCACUUUCUGUUCAUAAAAAAUAUUUUAUAAAUCUAUAUAGCAUGCUUGUUUGUACAAAAUAUCAGUCAUCUCAACUGGAAUUACCAAAAAUAAACUAUUUGAUAAUU